AUGGGUGGCGGACAAGCGACUACAACUAUGGUAUCAAACGCCUUGGAAAGUGAAGCUCAAGCUCUGAUCAUCACAAUGCAGCAUUGCUGGUCCAAAGGAUAUAAACAGGUUAUGUUCCUCGGUGAUUCACAAGUCUUGAAGAAUCUCAUUGAUAAAAAAGAACUACAGUUUGGAAUGAUAAAUUGGUUAAGAGAUAUAUGA